AUGGGCUUCAUGGAGGAGGGAGGCAGCUGGAGCCUGUCCUUCGCCGGCGCUGGGUUCCUUGCCCUCUACCAUGUGGGGGUGAUCCACUGCCUGAGCCAGCACGCCCCGCGACUCAUCCAGGGCGCCGACCGCCUCUACGGCUCCUCGGCAGGAGCCCUGUCAGCCAUCAGCAUUAUCUGCAACAAGUCUGUGGACUUCUGCUGUUCCCACCUCCUGGGCAUGGUAAAGCGAGUGGAGCAGCUAAGCCUAGGCAUCUUCCACCCGGCCUUCGCGCCCAUAGAGCACAUCCGGCAGAAGCUGCGGGACGAACUGCCUGAGAACUGCCACAUCCUGGCCUCGAAGAGGCUGGGCAUCUCACUGACCCGCUGGCCUGAUGGCCACAACGUCAUAGUCACCGACUUUGCCACCAAAGAGGAGCUCAUCCAGGCCAUAAUCUGCACCCUGUUCUUCCCCUUCUACUGUGGGACAAUCCCCCCUGAGUUCCGAGGGGAGCGCUACAUCGAUGGAGCGCUGAGUAACAACAUGCCCUUUGCGAACUGCCCCUCCACCAUCACUGUCUCGCCCUUCCACGGCACCGUGGACAUCUGUCCCCAGAGCCCCUCGGCCAGCCUGCACGAGCUGAACGCCUUCAACGCUGCCUUCCAAAUCUCCACCACCAACUUCCACCUGGGCUGGAUAUCUCUCUUACCCCCCAAACCGGAGGUGGUGGCUGACAUCUCCAGGCAGGGCUACCUGGAUGCCCUCAGGUUCCUGGAGCAACGCGGUCUCAUCAAGAAGCUGCUGCCAUGGCCGCUGCCAUCCAAGGAGCGGUCCCUCCCUGUCCAGGACAGUGACGGGGGAGCCAACUGGGAUGUACCAUAUGUACGUGUGAAGGACGUGCCCGACUUCCAGCAGCUUGCACCUGAGCUGGAGGCUGCGCUGAAGAAGGCAUGUCAGAGGGACUCCAGUGCCUGGGCACGCUUCCGCCGCUCAGGGCCUGGGUGGGCGCUGACUUACCUGCUGCUGCCCUGGUCACUGCCCUUCGAGUACGCCUACUACCGGAGCUGGAGACUGGCCCUGUGGCUGCCUGAGGCACCAACUGACCUGCUGUGGAUGUGGGACCAGAUGAAGGGCGCGGCACAUGGGGUCUUCUGCCUGGUGAAGGCUGGGCUCAGGAAGACCACACCCUAG